CACCGUAGUAUCAACAAUCAUCGGUUCUCUGUCAACCACCACAAAGAUAAUACAAUCUAGAAUAGCAAUCGGUCUAAGAUGAAAUUCGCAUCCUCCGCACUCUCCCUGGUUGCCUUCGCCGCUUCGGCGACUGCUUUUGCACCGAUCUCUCGCGAUUCUGUCGCAGUGCCGUCGACAACUUCCCUUUCUGAGACUGAUGCGAUGUCAUUCGAUUUCGUCCCGGUUCGACCGAAGCGUGUCGCUCGAAAGGUUGAGGUCGAAAAGGCAAUCCCCAAACCAGCUCCCAAAACCGAAGAUCCGCCCUUCUUUUUGGACGAAAGCCGCACAGCAACUUCUGCCGAAGAUAUCAGCCCCGAAGAAGUCAGAGCUCUUUUCAAAUUAUGGAACAACGCUCUCGCGACCGGCGAUUCGCGAUUGGUUGCCAGCCGAUACUCCACAAAGUCCGGAGCUGUAUUAUUACCAACCGUAAGCGAUACGCCUCGUACUGACUACGACAGCAUCAAGGAUUACUUUGAUGGAUUUCUCAAGAAGCAACCGCAGGGCGAGAUCCUCAGCGGAAACAUCCGCAUCGGAAACGGAUGGUGCCAAGAUGCCGGGUGCGUAGACUCUACUUGUUUACUUAUGAGGAUGUAGUUUUCUUUGGUUUCGUGGCCGUAUGGUGUAUGGACUGCUCGAUAUUUAGUGAUACCAUUUUCCGCAAUUUUUGCUGCGAUUCUGACACGAAUGAUAUUCAUCUUAUUUACUUUUCGACGGGACUUCUGAAAAAUACUGCAGAAUCUACGAGUUUACCAUGGGUGCAGAGAAUGGCGCUAAGGUAAAGGGCCGAUACACCUACACUUACGUCAUGGAGGAUGGCGUGUGGAAGAUUGCCCACCACCAUUCCAGCGUCAUGCCCGAAGGAAUCGAUAUUGCCACUCCCAUCACCAAGGAGGAAGUUCAGGGACUUUUCCAUCUCUGGAACGAUGCCUUGGCCACUGGUGAUUCUUCCUUGGUUGCCUCUCGAUAUGCUUCUAAGGGAGUCUUAUUGCCUACUGUUUCUGAUGUUCCCCGUGACGACUUCGCCAGCAUCAAGGACUACUUCGAUGCCUUCUUGCUCAAAGAGCCACAGGGUAAAAUCUUGGAAUCUUUCGUCACUAUUGGAACCAACUGGGCCCAGGAUGUCGGUAUUUAUGAAUUCACUAUGGGGGCAACCGGUGCCAAGGUUAAGGCCCGUUAUUCCUUUGUUUACACCUAUGAAGAUGGACAAUGGAAGAUUGCCCACCACCACUCUUCCCAAAUGCCAGAAGAAGUUGUCCCAGGACCAGCGUCCAUCACGAACGACCAAGUCCGAGGACUCUUCCAUUUGUGGAACGAUGCAUUGGCCACUCUCGACCCUGAUGAAGUUGCUUCUCGUUAUUCUGUAGCUACUGCCCCUUGCCUCUUGCCCACCGUUUCCGAUGUUCCCCGAACGGACUACGAUUCCAUUAAGGCCUACUUCGUUGAUUUCUGCAAGAAGGAACCCCAGGGCAAGAUUCUUGAAUCAUAUGUAACUGUUGGACACAACUGGGCCAUGGAUGAUGGUAUCUAUGAAUUCACCAUGGGAGCCACCGGUGACAAGGUCAAGGCUCGUUACUCGUUUGUGUACACCAACGAAGAAGGUGAAUGGAAGAUUGUCCACCACCACUCUUCUCAAAUGCCAGAGGAAAUCGUCCCCAAGGCGUCGCUUCCUGAAUUUGCCGACGCUAACGGAGCCACCUUAGAGUAGAAGAAAGACAAAUCGAUGUGGUAUAACAAUAAAUAAAAAGGAGGAGCUUUGAGUUGUUCUUCGGCGGUCGGCUUUGCUUCAUCGAUCCCGAUACUAGAUGAAUGUGGUGGGAUUGACUGGAUGGCAAACCGUUUUCCAUAUCGAGGUACACUAUCUCGACACUUCUAUGCUACACCACGUCGUUAUGGUGGGCGAUAGCAGUAGCGUCGCAUAAAAUGAUUAGAACAAUGUAAUACGGAGUAACUAUUGGAUCUACUGUAAUGAAUUUGGAGGAAUUUC